GUAAGAGGCACAACGCAAAAUGACUUGACUUGAACAACCUCUUAAUGAAUGAAUAUCAACCAGACAGAAAGAAAAUGAUGGAAAAUGAUAUCAGUAAUGCCAUGACCUACAGGAACCUCGGAAAUACUGGACUCCGCGUCUCCGCUCUUGGCUUGGGUACAAAGGUUACAUUUGGGAAACAAAUUUCUGAUGAGCGCUGAACGCACUCUUGGAAAGAUACUGAAAAACAAAAAUUGGAGGCGGUCAAGCUACGUUAUUUCCACACGUCUGUCUCGUUCUGGAGAUGCAGUGACCGAGCAAGGGAUCUCUCGGAAACGACUUGUUGAAGGCCUCCGGGGUUCUCUAGACCGUCUCCAGCUGGAAUACGUGGAUAUCAUUAUCGUUACCAGACAACCGGAUACACAAAUCCCUAUUGAGGAUGUUGUCAGAACGUGUACACAUCUCAUCGAAUUAGGAUGGGCAUUCUACUGGGGCACUUGCAAGUGGACGCCUGCAGAAAUCAUGGGGCACCAGGCACUGCUUGAACACAUACUUAGUCCCAAAGGCAGGAUGCAUCAGACGCAAGUGAGGCAGUUAUGUAAAUUAGCCAGCCGGCUACACUGCACCUGUGCUCAACUUGCCAUUGCGUGGUGUCUGAAAACGCCAACUUUGAGCUGUGUGCUACUUGGCGCUGCAACAGUGGAUCAACUACAGGAGAAUUUGGAAGCCAUCCAAGUGCAAACCCGAAUUAACUUCACUGUCCAAUCAGAAAUCGAACGCAUCCUGUCGACUGACAGUUCGGACAAUUUUCUUUGAAAGUACGACGCAAAGUGCUUCUUCAGCCUUCUUGUACACAGUAUCCCUUCACGAGUCUUUUUUGUAUUCGUUGAGAUAACAA